CACUAGGCUUGAGAGCAUUUCCAAACCAACGAAAUGUUCGUGUUUCUUCUUCCGUGUCUGCUGUUGGCCGCCCUGGUGGACGCAGCCCCGCCCAAAGAAGUAGGAAAACACUUCCUCAAAAUGGGCAAACAGGGAGACUACCAGUACGGGUACAACGACGGUCACGCCGUCAAGGAAGAAUCUCGCUACGCCGAUGGAACCGUUCGGGGAUCGUAUCGGUACGUGGAUGCCAACCGGGUCACGCAGAAUGUAAUCUACCGUGCCGAUAAGAAUGGAUACGUUGCUACCAGUACCAGUGAGUUGUACGGAGGAAAUCCAGAACCCCUUCUCAAGAUUAACGUUCCAACGACCGAAGCUGUUAACCCGCCUCCAGUUGUGACGACACUUCCGACUACACAGGAACUCCCGGCCGUAUCGAAUUUCGACAUUCGAUUCGCUCCCGAACAGCUUAAUGUUCCUCCUCCUCCUACUACUACUACUACUACCAGUUGCGGUGUACAGAACUAUGGCCUUCCAUUAGGAUAUCCGGUGAUACCUGCGCCCUCUAAGGAUAAUCAGCUGCAGUUCCGUGCCGGGGAGCAGCCACAAGUUAUGUAUGUGUCGUUCAUGAUUCCCUACGUACUUCAUCCUCAACAUGACAAUGCUACGACAUCUUAAAGGUGUCUUGCAUUCAAACUGAUGUAAAAGAUGCUAGAUACAAACAGCAGAUACUUUGGAACAAGGAUACAUUGCUCGUAUAAUAGACCAAUCUAUAUUAAUCAGUUAGGCAAAACAAAUCCAUAAAUGAACAUUGAUAGUACAUCACUCUGUGUGAGAGGUAUUUUAAUUGGAAUUGAUGACUUUGGAAAUCUUUCAUAUGAAAAUGCUUGUAUUUUAGUGUUGAAUAACAAACAAACUGCUCUAAGAUCUCAAUUUGAUAUUUUGUCUUUCAAAUGUUUUAUACUAUUUCUUGAUAGUAUUUCAGGUCCAAUUUUGUGCGAAUAUGAAUUUAUUUUAAUCUUUUUUUCUUUUAAUGCAAAAGUAUGCAUCGUCAGUAUCACAUACAAACUUUUUCUGAUCGUGUUUGAAUAGAUAUGUCAUCCAAUA